AGGGAUCCCGAAAAGGUUCCUGAAUUUGUUCAUGAAUGUCAAGAGGUAUGAUUUAAUUCGUCCUGUUCAAGUGCAUAGGGCCGUUUAUAUGUUCAAGAUUCACAUCCAAUUCAAUCUGCUAACAUUUGAGGACGAAUUCGGGUCCGUGCCAUUUUUCUUUCUUAAAUAAUAUUUCAUUUUUUUCCAAAAUUACUAUUGCAUGUGACUUUUUUUUUAUUUCAAAAUACUAUAUUUUGUUCGCAUUAUUUACUAAUUCUAAUUGUUUACUAUUCUAAUAUGUUCUUUUGAUACCAGUAUGUUUAGUCGUAAAAAACGAGAAUCAGACUUAAUCGGCAAAGACACGGGACAAGGAUUAAUAAAAAAUUAAUUGAAUUUAUCGAGAUUAAUAGGAAAUUUAAUCAGUUCAGUGAGUUACGGAACAAGGAUUAAUCGGUGAUUAAUCUUAAUCACCGACUUAGAACAAUGCUAGUAUGAUCAGUUUCAUUUUUUUAUAUUUAAAGUAAGCUGUUAACUGAAAAUAAAUAAUUGCCAGAUGUUAAGAAUAUGACCAGGAAGAAGUUGGCUAAGUUUGAACUAAUAAAGACCGUAGAAGAAACUACUUGUCUUCGCUCAACUACACAACCUCUAAAAAACAGCUUAGCCAUUGUUCGCAAACUCACCCCAUACAUAAACAACACCACUGCUUCACAACGCAAAGGUACACGAAAUAAAUAAAUAAAUCUCGACUUCAGAAUUUUAGGAAGUAGGUAAAAAAAUCAGUACAUAGAUAAUGACAAAGAGUGAAGAUAUUGAAGAAGGCAUUGUAGAAGAAGAGGAAGAAAAGCCUGAAGCUACUAGUUUCUGGACUUCUGUAGAGGUUGUCUUACUAUUACAGAAGAUUUUCGCAGAACUGGUCGGCUCGUAUUUCCUGUUAUUCAUCGGGGGCGGGUCGGUGGCAGUGAAUAAGAAAUAUGGUUCGGUAUCGUUUCCUGGGAUUUCUUUGUGUUGGGGACUUGUUGUAAUGGCAUUGGUUUACUCUGUCGGACAUAUAUCUGGAGCACAUUUUAAUCCAGCUGUCACGGUCACAUUUGCUGUUUUCCGUCGUUUCCCCUUGAAGCAGGUACCUCUGUACAUGGUGGCACAAGUACUGGGAUCAAUUCUAGGAAGUGGAACUUUGGUCCUUAUAUUUGAUUCAGACAAUGAGCAUUUUUUCGGGACAACGCCUAUAGACACUGCUACUCAGACCUUUGUCCUAGAGAUUGUCAUCACCUUCAUUCUCAUGUUCGUUAUUUCUGGAGUUGCCACAGAUAGCCGAGCAAUUGGAAGUAUGGCAGGACUUGCCGUUGGAGGUACUAUAACCAUGAACGUUUUCAUGGCCGGGCCAGUAUCAGGAGCAUCAAUGAACCCCUCGAGGACACUCGGGCCAGCUCUGAUAUUUCAUAUAUAUAAAGGAUUAUGGGCAUAUAUGGUAGGCCCUUUUAUUGGAGCAAUACUUGGAGGAUUUGCCUAUAACAUGAUCAGAAGGACUGAUAAACCGCUGCGCGAACUCACCAAAAGCAAUUCAUUCAUCGCGAGUUGUGCUCGAAGGUAGAAUCAUUAGACUGUUAAAUCGAAUUUUCAUGUAUGAUGCUUUCUCCUCAACCUGGGUUAUGAGAUGAAAAAGUGUAACUACUGUUUCCCAGACUUUCUUAUACCGGAAGGAGGAUGCAUCGAUCUAUUUUAAUGAACAUUGACAUCAUUUUUUCUGAA